GUAACUGCUGGGAGGGACAUACUAUUAAUUUUCCUCUCCAUAUGUGAUUCGCUUCCGCUCUUCUCUCGCCAAACCCCUCUCACCCUCAUCUUCUCUUCCACACAAAACUUGUCACGCACAAUCAGAUUUCUUUUCUUUCUCGAUUUAAUUUUAAUCUGUCAAAAGAACUCACACCUUAUCAAAAACGGAGAAAGAAAACAAGAGAAAAACGAGGCAAUGAAAGAAAUUGGAGAAAUCAGAAGAGAGACAAUGGAAGGAGGAGAUAAGAAGGCAGAGGUGAUUCUGGUGCGCACAUUGGCUGCAGAUGUGCCGAAACUGUAUAAUAAAAAUGGCGUACGCUGUCGGCGUGUACGAUUUAACCAGGUGGAUCUGAGUGAAGGUAAAAUAAAGAGCAAUUGCUUUCCUCCAAUGUUGAAUUGGUUUUGCGAUGGUGCUAUGGUGCGUUCGGACAGUGGUUCAGUGGUUUACCUUAUAGGCGGUCUGUCCAGCAGAGAUGAGCUAACAUGUGAACCAAUAGAUGGAGCCAGUUCUGAUGAUGUGUACUACAAAUGUGGCUGUCGGUUGGACUUGCAGAAAGAAGAGGAAGGUGCUAUGGUGUGGGAGCAGAUUGAUCUUCCUAUCAAAAAUUGCUAUAUUCCCUUUUGCGCAUCGCUGUUCGGAAAGCUUUAUGAGUUUGGAUUUCGCUACCUCCACACUCCCGAGGUUUUUGAUCCGAGUGUCGGAUUUUGGAAGGAGUUGUCCCCGUUGCCUCCUGAGCUUGUCGGUUGCCGAGUUUCAGAUGGAGGAGUUAUCUCCGACCCUCAGAAUUCCCGUUUUCUUGUGCACCUCUAUGAUGGCACCCUGUAUGCUUUCUACCCCGGUUCUGGUGAGUGGGAGCGUAAUGGGAGUCUGUUUCACUGGAGGUAUCGUAAUGUAGUUCUCGUAGACAAUGUCUUGUACAUUCAUGACUUCAAGUCCCGGGGUUUCCUCUAUGCCUAUGAUGUUGCGAGGCGCCAAGAGCUCAAGGUUACUUGGUCCUCAAAGAAGUAUGAAUACAGCAAUGGUUAUCGUGUUAAAGUGACCAAGUAUGAGUUUGAUGCUAUGUUUUAUGUUGGCGGUGGCCAUUUCUGGAUGGCUACUUGGUCUCCUUGUGAUGGAGAUGAAGGAACCACCAGUAGUGCUUCUACUAUGUUCUUCAAGUUCAAAGUUGAUCGCCCCAACAAUGGUCUCAACGUCGUUUGCACUCCCGUUGAUGUCCAAUGCCAUGAUAUCCCGAACACCAUCGAAGUUACAGGGUUCCUACUGCUCUAGGAGGCAAGCAAUUGAUUGUGGGGUGCUUCCCAUUAAGGUUAUUGAAUGGUUGUCAUGUCAUCUUUGGUUGACAAAUAAAAUAUGCUNAGCCGG